AUGUCUCAAACCGCACCAGAAUCUAUUUAUCAUAAUGAAUAUGCUUGACUCCAGUCCUCUCCACUUCCAUCGUCCCUUCCUGAUAAGCUAGUGUGAGAUAUAUGUCAAGAACUCCACCAGCAAAAAUCACUCUUGUUCCUGUGAGAAGUUUGCCUAGUCCCAGUACAUCAGUUUUGUUAUGGACUAGAGUUGACGCGUUACUCCUCAGAUGAGCUCAAAGCUUUUAAGGUAGUAGAAAUAGACGACGCUAAGAUAAUUCCGAAAGGAUGGGCUUGUCAACGUUGCAAGGAAGGUCAUGAAAACUCUGAAGAGAAGGCAUGAAUCUUAUGCAGAAAAACUAAAGGAUGUAUCACAAAAACAGUACUAUCAGGAGAGGAAGUAUGGAUGCAUCUUCAGUGCAUGCAUUGGCAAUUCCAUUAUUCCUUAAAGAAAAGCUUUUCGAAGGGAACAAAACAAGAACUGGUCAGAGAUGAAAGCUACGAUGAAUUCAUUCGUACAUACGAGAUAGCCAAGGUAUGUCAAUAUUGUAAAGAAGAAGGAAUCGAUGUUCUCUUUUGAGAUACCGAAGGCUGCAAAGCAAGUUUCUGAGCUCGGUGUGCCACUGCAGAAGGCAUAAUUCAAGGCUCUCGUAUCAUGAAGAAAUUUAGACAUCCUGUUGAUAAAGGUUCCUAUCUGUUCUGUCCCGAUCAUUGUGAAGAGGGUGCUUUAAAGCUAUCUAAAUCAGAUUUUAAAAACUUUAAAAGUUUCAAAAUGCUGAUGGUAAAUGAAAUUAAGCAAGAAGUGCCAGAAAAAUUGCCUCAAGAAUCACCUGAUGGCAAAUUUCCAUAUUUUAAUGUAGUAAAGGAUGAAAUUGUAGAGGACCAGCUUACUAAAGAUACAAAUAUUCCUCAAGAACCUUGAGACAAACAAAAGCCAUCCAAAUAAGCGAGAUAUCAAGUCGUGGGCCAAGAAGCAAUGCCAAAAGGAAAUGCAACAGUUGGAUAACGAAGAGGAGCCUAAUAAGCAACCUGAACAAGAAUCCGAGAAAGAAAUCGAGCAAGGAUUUGAACAAGAAGCUGAGCCAGUAGCUGAGCCAGUAGCUGAGCCAGUAGCUGAGCCAGGAGCUUCACAAGAGAACAAACAAAAUGUUGAACAAGAAGCUGAGCUGGUAAAAAACCUACAGAAGGAGAACUGUACACCGAGAGCGAAGCUAGGAAGACCCAGAAAGGGAAGCAAGAAAAAAAGUUGAGUUAAGCGAGGGCGCCCCAAGAAGAAGCAUCUCCAAAUUUCUGAAAAAUCUGAUGGAAUUCAAACUAUAGUUCAGGAAAUAUUGAAAAAUCAGAGGAUGCUUUCAGAUGUAAUAGAGAAUAAAAUGAGGAAACAUGAGGAAAAGAUAGACAGAUUGGUACAUAGGGUUGAAGAAAUGGAGCAUAUGAAGAUGGGUAUUGGAGAGAUCAAAACAAUAUGAGAAGGAUUUACUCAUACCCAAACGAGUAACUUUCAAAUGAUGAGAGAUUAUAUCUUAAGGUCACAGAACCAGAUUCCAAACACGUAUUUUCAUCAGUAUCCACCACAACCUGCAUCAUUUGCUUCAUUUCGGUCAUCUCCUUGAUAUUCUCAGCCGUCUCAACAACCUUAUCGGUCACAGGACUCGAGAUCUUCCCAAAAUUCUCAGACUUCUCAGGGGGGUUCCCUAGGUCCAAAAAGCUACUCUAUUUCCCCAGAAUUGGCUAAAAUCUUGCAGCUCAAGCCAGAAAUCUCGGCUGUGGCUUCUUUCUUCUCAGACAUAAUCCUAGAUUACUGAUACAAGAAUGCUUUAAUAAACUGUCAGAACCAGCUUGAGCUCAACAGAGAUACCAAUUUGACCCAAAUUGGCUUAGGAAAGACUUUAAGCAAGGAGGAAUUAAUCCACGAAUUGAUUAAGAAUAAGCUUUUAAAGCCUUUAAAUUAA